CACUUUGAAAUCUGUCAGUACACAUGGAAUUUUGUUUCCUGUCAUUUUUUUUGAUCUGUCACCUUCAGUCACAUAUCCACCUCAGUAUGUUUUGUUCUUUAGAACCAGCUGAAGAAUGCACAAGAGAUUGACUUUAAACAUUCUGUUAGGGAAAGUCAAAUUAGAACAACUAUUGUGCAGACACUGCCUUUAACAAUAUUUUUCAUCUAUUUAUGAAGAUUAACACAAACCCUACAGCUGUGUCCUCCAUGACUUCCUGCCCCAUCUGUAGACAGCUGUAUCCUACACACACUGUGGAGAUCCAUGCAAGUUUCUGUGGCGAGAGCAUCCCUGAUGUCCAAGAUAAUGCAGGAACAUCACUUCCUCAAAGUACAGCACCUAGCACAUCAGCAGGUACAUCAGGGGGAGAUUGGAGGACAGUUGCAGAUCCAGAAAGAGCUGUGUGGCUUUUCACCCAAGAGCUGCUGCACAGUAAGAAAGGUUCUGAGGAGAAUCGCUUUGCAGUGGACAUGAGGAAAGACCAGGAAGAACAGGACAUGUCCUAUGUGAGCUUCUAUAAGCACAACAAUGUGGAGUGGGCUUCACCACUGAGAUGUAGACUUGAAGGUGAUGCUGCUGUAGGAGUGGGUGUUAACCGGCAUGUUAUGUCAACACUGAUGCUGAAGCUAAGAACAGGAUUUCGCCUUAAUCUUGGAAAUGGAGCUAUCACAAAGGUUUUUGAGGGUUAGCCAGACCACUUGGUGCCUGCCAACUCUGUUGUGAUGGUGGAGAGUGAGCUUUUCUUGAUGGCAGGACGAAUGAUGGGGCAUUGCUUCUUGUAUGGUGGUCCUGGUUUCCCUGGCAUCAGUCCAGCCAUCACACAUGUACUGUUUGGUGGUUCCAUUGACACUGCCACGGUCAUGAUUGAAGACUGUCCUGACUUGGAUAUUCGUGAAACAAUCCAGCUGGUUCUGGGACGAUCAGCAAAACAAGUAAAGCAGUUAAGAAAGGGACUGAAGGAGACUGGCAUUUGGCCACUUUUCUCCAAAAGAGUGGAUGUGGUGAAGCUGCUUUUCCCAUGUGAGAAAGAAGCUGAGAUUACACCUCAGAUGAUUCUUGCAAACAUUCAAUGGCCCAGGCUUAAUUCAGAUUCUCAGUCCGAUGAUGAUGAUGAUGAUGAUGACAUCUCUGUUGAAGCAGUGACUCGAGUCACAGCUUAUUUCAGGACUUUUAUUGAACACGCCUCCUCAGAGUGCCUGAAGAAUCUGCUGCGAUUCUGGGUGGGAUGGGAGGUUCCAGCCAAGAAACUGGUCGUGAAGGUGGCAAAUGGCCACCUCCCCAGAGCCUUGACAUGCUUCGAAACUAUCAAAUUGCCUGACCAUCACACAGACUAUGCAGAUUUUGAAUCUGACUUAUUGUCCGCCAUUACUACCUGCGAGACAGGGUUUGGUCUUGUUUAAAGGCAAAAAGGAUAAUUUAGACAUUGAAUGGUGCUGAAAGUUCAGCGAUUCUAAUGCUCCAACAUAAGGGCUCUCCUGACUAGUUUACAUUAUUUUAACAGGAUUAGAGCAGUUCACAGAAAGAGAUUUCCCAUUUGCUGAGUUUACAGUUACUUCUUUCAAAAACACUUAAGUUCCUAUCAUAUUUCCAACACUGCUUGGGGCAGUGGUCUACCAUUAACAUGGUGUUUUGUUUUUGUUUUCAAUGAAACAAAGUAAGAACUAUUUGUUUUCACAAUGUUGCAUGCAUCAUUUUGGGUGCCCUGACGCUGAGGUUUUUGUAGCACUUUACCACAGUUUAUGUUGCCUUUUCUAAACUUUGGCAAUGAAGUGAAGUUUAUUGCCACCAGUUUUAUGCCUAUGAUGAUUUUAAGUUAGCAAAUUUCAGCAACUUUUGUUAUUGGCAGAGAUGUAAGUGGCACAUUAAGCAGUAUUUAGAUACUGGAUGUUUAAUACUGGUUCAGAAAAUAUAAUGUAACUAUAAAAAAAAACUUCAUUUGUUCAUGCUAUGUACAGUUAGA